AAGGAAACAGAACAGCAGCCGGUGCCAAAACAGCAGCCAGACACAAUUCUGUUCCCGGCAGCUCAUUCACCCCCAGCAGCAGCAGUGCAGGAUUAUUCUACAGACAUUCAGAAAGUUGACAGUAAUGGAGACAGUGGAAUAAGGCUAGAGAGGAGCCUGGUUGGCACUUAGGUGCUGGGCACAGCCUGGGGCACCCACAGCCAGAGCAGAGCCGCCACUAACAUUGGCACAGACAUUUCCUUACUCCUUAUUUAUGGUACAAGGAAAGAACAUGAGCCUGAGGAAGAAAAGAACACCACCAUUGGUUUAUAUCUAUUGCCCUUCUUUGGGCAUCACCCCCCGACCGCUCAGACUUGGCAAAAGGACAAAGAUUCUGAAGGCACCGGUGCAGGAAACCAGCCCAGACGUCCCUCUCAGUAUCCCAGAGAGCAGCUCUGUACCUAGGAAAUGUGAUAAUGACAAGACCUGGGUGGAUCCAUCGGACAAAGAAGUCCCAGAAGCCACUCAGGAGGAGCCUACGGAGGAGGAGAAUAUUCAGAAAGAGCCAGUGCCCCAGCCAAUAGAAAUGCAGCCUGAGGCCCAGGAGGAAGAGUAUGGCCUGGAGGAUGAGGUCUCAGCAUCAUCUUCACCAGAAACAACCACAAACCAUGAGCCUUUAAUACUGGAGGAAGAAAUAAAGAAGCCAAAGCAAAAAAAGAGGAGGAAGAAGAAGCAGCAGAGCUCAGUGAAGGAGCUGAGGGAGACCAAGGUUCCUCCAUCACAUUCUGUAUACGAGAUCCUGGGCCCGGUGCUUAUGGGGAUGGCACAGCUGCUAAUGGGGAUGGUACAACUGCCGAAACCAGGUAACACAGUGGCUGGGGGAGCAUGGAUUGCAACUGCAGUGAUUGGCUUUCUACUCAUCAGCGGCGCCCUCUCAAGUGAAUUGCCAGAGAAUGUGCUGCCGGGGACACAAAUAACUACCAUGAACCCACAGGUGACCCAAUCCUCUGUUGGCAAAUGCCACCAGUACUUGUUCUGUACCAAUGGGGAACAGCUGUGGGACGGCUAUCUCUCCAUCACAACAGGACCGGAGAGAAAAUACUGCCAUUUUACACUGAUAAAGUCCAAGAACACUACAAACUGUACCCGGAACUCCAUUGUGACUCUCACUAACGACACUUGUUUGCUGUUGAAAACAACUGAUAUAGAGGAUGGAACUUUGAUUUUGGAAUAUGGCAAAGGGCGCUUUGGGCGGUUUGCACACUCCUUAUUUAUAGGGCUUUGCAACAUUGAGAACUCUAACAUUGCUACUAGUGGGUUGAUUCAACCUUUAAAUAUGACGACUGAAACAAGCGCUACCAACUGGGCUGCAAUAUUUACACCAAUAGGAGUCUUUGGAGCCAUCGGGAUGGCGCUGCUAGUAUACUUUGCAUAUAAGAAACUCAGUAAAGGGAACACAUCACAAGGAACACAUACUGGGCGUGUGGAACGCUCCGAGUAUGAGAUUAAUGGACGCGUACCAACCAAGGACAUUGAAAUGGGAGACCUAGAAGCAAAAAAAGAAGAUGGAGGAGUCUCGGCCUGGAGUUAUCUCAUAAGAAAGUGCAGUGGAACCAGGGCGGAUCUAUAGCAGGGCCAUGCACGGGUGCUGCCUGGUUCCGUUACUCAAAACCCAGUGUUUCUCAGCACCCAACAUAUGAAUUUCAUAUCACCUCUAUAUCCUAACAGGAAAGAAAGUCUUCCUAUGCAGAUUAUGAAAUCUCCUUUCCUCUAUGUUUUUUAAUAGCAUAUUUUCCAUCUCAGCAAGUCCAGCUGUUCUAGAUUUACUUCUACUAGAUAUGUUCCAUCUCAGCAAGUCCAGCUGUUCUAGAUUUACUUCUACUAGAUAUGUUCCAUCUCAGCAAGUCCAGCUGUUCUAGAUUUACUUCUACUAGAUACGUUCCGUCUCAGCAAGUCCAGCUGUUCUAGAUUUACUUCUACUAGAUAUGUUCCGUCUCAGUUCGGCCUGGCAAUGGAAAACCUACAUGUUGACUUGGGCAAUUCGUGGAGCAUUACCUAGUCCUGAAUAUGCACCGCUUACUACAAGGGGUAUUAUGUUAGAUGCUUGUGGGGUGGCAAUUCCUAAGCAAUGGGGUAAAUACUUUGCACACCCUACUGGGUUCUUUGUAUUUUGCCCUGUGCCUCAUUUAUAAAUGCGCCACCUUCUCUCUGGGGUGGAAGUACCUAGAUCUUCAUGCAGUACCUAUUAUUAUGCUUUAUAUAUUUGAUAAGAUUAGUAUUUUACUCACUAUGUUUUAUAUUAAUACAGAGCGAUAUCAUGUGAAACUUAUUAACCAAUCAUAGAUAUAGACUAUAGUUAUUAGCCAGCAGUGUUACUAUAGGAUAAGAUGCUGUGUUAGAUUCCUAUUGGUUCUUUCUUUGGAACAUCUCAAACUCGGGGGGGGGAAGAAUUCUGCUUUUACCUGAAAGUAAAAUCUUUUGCAUUAAAGUUUC